UCUGGAUUUUGGUUUCCCUUCAUCACUAGGUAAGCUAGCGAGUGCGCGAAUCCGGAGCGUGAGCCACGCGCCAAAGACCGAGGCAGCUUCCUCUUCUUCUUCUUCCCCAAUUCGGAAACCCUAACCCUAGAACUCACGAAAAUGGCCGAAUCAAUCACAGAGGAGCCUCCACCUUCCGAAUUCGAUCCUCUGUUCGACCAAUUACACAGUUCCAUCUCCGAUCAGACUCCAAUCGGCGAGCUAAUGUCCGAUCUAGGGUUCCCAAUCGACGCCGACUUCGAGCUCACUUUCGACGGCAUGGAAGAUCUCUACUUACCCGCCGAAGACGAGACCUUCCUCCUCCCCGAUAACGGAUCUAACCAAGAGCAGUUCGGAGAUUUCACGCCGGAGUCCGAAGGCUCUGCAAUUUUCGGCGAUACCGAUAAGAAUAUUCAUCGCAACAGUGAAUCUCCCAAGGAUUCCGACGAUCGAUGCUCCGGUGAUGAGCGUACCUUGGAUCAACUAUCGUCUCAGGGUUCAGAUAAUCGUGGCUCCGAUGUCUCGGAAGCUGUGGAUCAGAAGGUUAAGGUGGAAGAAGCUUCUGCUACAAAGAGGAAGAAAGAGGAUGAUACGAGUGACGAAUCGAGGAGCAGCAAGUUGAUGAGAUCGGGAGAAGAGAGCGCCGUCGUCACCGGCGAGGAAGAAGAAGAAGAGGACGAGAAGAAAAAGAGAGCGAGGCUGAUGAGAAACCGCGAAAGCGCGCAGCUUUCGAGGCAGAGGAAGAAGCAUUACGUGGAGGAGCUUGAAGAGAAGGUUAAGAGUAUGCAUUCUGCUAUAACGGAUUUGAACGGGAAGAUAUCUUAUUUCAUGGCUGAGAACGCCGCUCUAAGGCAGCAGUUGGGUCCGCCGCCGCCUCCUAUGGGAAUGUAUCCUCCAAUAUGGAUGCAUUGUCCUCCUUAUAUGGUGAAGCAACAAGGAGGAGGACAAGUGCCUUUGAUCCCCAUCCCUAGGUUGAAGCCACUGAAUCCAGUUAAGGCCAAGAGUAAGAAGAGUGAAGCUAAGACCAAGAAGGUUGCUAGUAUUACCUUUCUUGGUCUUGUGUUUUGUCUGUUUUUGUUUGGUGCCUUGGCUCCAGUUGUGAAUGUUAAUUACGGAGGGAUUAGUAGUGGUGCGUUUUAUGGGAGCUAUAGGUCUAAUUAUGUUACUGACCAGGUUUAUAAUCAGCAUAGGAAUAGAGUUUUGGAUACGUCUCGUAGUAACGAGAGAGAUUCUGUACCUCCUGGAAACGGUAGCGAGCCUCUGGUUGCAUCGCUUUUUGUUCCGAGGAAUGAUAAGCUUGUGAAGAUUGAUGGGAAUUUGAUUAUUAAUUCUAUAUUGGCGAGUGAGAGAGCCUUGGCUUCUGAAUCAAAUGAGAGUAAAGCUGACGGGGUGGUUCCUAAAGAUCGUUCCCUUGCUCUGCCUCUACCUGACGUGGGAAUGAUGGAGGAUAUGGCUAAGCAUCUCGUUAGAACCAAGGCUGAAAAACAGAAAGCCUUAUCAUCGGGUUUUGCUGAUACUCUGAAAGACCAAAUCAAAACAAAAGCAGCCAGUGGUGAAAUGCAGCAAUGGUUUCGUGAAGGUGUUGCAGGGCCUAUGUUUAGCUCGGGGAUGUGCACCGAAGUAUUUCAGUUUGAUGUCUCCUCAACCUCUGGAGCCAUUAUUCCUGCAUCUGCAGCAACCAACGUCUCUUCUGAACACAAUAAGAACGCCACAGACACACAGAGGCGAAAGAACAGAAGAACACUUCGCGGUCUCGCCAUUCCACUCCCAGGAUCAGAGCACCAAAGAAACAGCUCUAGCAAAGAAAUCAAGCCGGUUUCAUCAAUGGUUGUGUCAGUCCUUGUUGAUCCCAGAGAAGGUGGUGAUGGAGAUAUCGAUGGGAUGAUUGGGGGACCAAAAUCACUCUCCCGAGUUUUUGUUGUCGUGCUUCAGGACAGUGCAAAGUAUGUAACAUACUCUUGCGUCCUACCUCGACCAGGAGCUCCUCAUCUUAUGACCACUUAAAACAUGUCUCAGCAGUCUUCAAUCCUUUCAGUUUUGUAUGUAAAGAAUAAACAGCUGCCUGCUCUUUGGAAUCAAGUAACAUCCUUAGCUAUUAUUACCGUUGUUCGGUUUUUGUUUUAAGAUGUAGAAUCCGAAUGCUGCAACUUUUUAUAUAUCUUUGAUAAAGUUAUAUAGAGCCUUAAAAAAAUUAUACUA